CUCACCCUGCUGCCUAUCAACAUUCCCACGUGGAAGGCAAGCCUGAUUACCCUGGUCAACGGCUUCCUGUAAGCUCUUCAGGUGUCGUCGGCUUCGUCGGCUGGCCGCAAGUCCGCCAGGUGUCGUCAACCUCGCGCAGCACCGCUCAUAACAAGCAGGACCACCACCGAGACUUCACUGGUGGCAGUGACGACGCAUCCGUCAUAUCGCCUCACGCAUUUUCUCUGUAUGUGCAGUAAAUGGACCCAGGAGCUUGGAGUGUUUUGGAAUCACUGCUCGCAAUAUUGGUCGUAGCUGUCGUGUCCUGGGUAUUACAAAGGCGUUGGCAGCACGGCCUUUUCAAGCGAUAUGGAAUACCAGGGCCUGAGACGAGUGGUCUGUUCUUUGGACACUGGAAAGACCUCAGAAGGGACACUCUUAAGGUGAUGGACGAAUGGAUCCAGAAAUAUGGUCCUCUCGUGGGAAUAUAUUGCGGCGAGGUACCAUGUGUUUUGCUUAGUGACCUGGAUGCGAUCAAAGAAUGCCUUGUAAAGCGGUCGCAUGAGUUCCGUGACCGCGUGCCUCUGCUAAUCAAUGCGGAGCCCCUCAAGAGCAGCCUUCUGGGAAUAAAAGGUGAAGAAUGGAAGAUGGUACGGAGUGUUUUGAACCCAACCUUCUCGAAUGCGAAAAUGCGGAUGAUAUCACGUAUCAUCGAUGACUGCACUAACACUACAGUGCAGAUCGUAGACCAACGAAUUGCCUCGAGCGCGGGGGAUGUGGAUAUCUCCGCUAUGGCUCAAGGGCUCACCAUGGACACUAUCGCGAAAUCAGUGCUUGGUUGGAAGUGCGAGUAUCAGCGAAAUCCAGAGGACCCCUUCCUCACGAGUUUAAGGGAGACUAUGAUAGGCGCAGACAAUCCCAUCACGGACGUCACCAUGGCUCUUCCUGCCGUACGGUGGUUCCUCGCGCCGAUCCUUCCGCACACGCACUACGGAAAGAUGUUCAUCUGCGUUACCGAGAGCGUGCGUGAAGUGAUCAAAGCGCGACGGCUUCUGGAGGACGAAAAUCGGGAAAAGGAAUCUCGCGCAGUGGAUAUGCUUCAGCUCAUGCUGGACGCGCGGCACAAAAGCAACGCUAAGAACGACAACAGUUGCAGCGACCGCCUGUCCAUGACAGACCAGCACGUGGUGUCCAACUGUUUUAUCGCUUUGGGUGGUGGCUUUGAGACGACGUCGCUUACACUGGCGUUGCUCCUGGACGAGCUCGCUAGGAACCCGGAAGAGCAGCAGAAACUGUACGCAGAGCUUUCAUCGGCGUUACCGGGUGACGUAACCCCGGAGGUCCUGUUCGACAAGUUGCAGGAUCUCAAGAGGCUCGAGAUGGUAAUCAAUGAAGGUUUGCGCAAGUACCCGCCGCUGGUGUUCUUCACCGCAAGAAUGUGUUACCCGGACACCGAGCUCGCUGGAAAGAUCAUACCGGGAGGGACGCGCGUGAUAGUGCCAACGUGGAAUAUUCACCGGAAUCCAGAUCUUUGGCCGAACCCGGAUAGGUUCAACCCGGAGCGGUUCUCAGAAGGCUGGGAGAAAGAGAAGCAUCCCGCCUCCUACGUACCAUUUGGAAUGGGACCACGCGAGUGCAUUGGAAAGAAGUUCGCGCUGUUGGAACUCAAGAUGGCAAUUUUUAAACUGGUGCGACGAUAUGAGUUUAGCCUCAGCCCUCAAAGUGCAAGCGCUCUCAAAUUUGAAGUUCCCUUGAUAUCUAUCAACCCCGUUAAGAAUAUUGUGCUUCACGUUAAACGUAGGUGCACUUAGCGCCUCACAGGUAUCUCCCAUCUUCUAUUAUGCCGCGUGAUCCUGGAAAAAGCCACUUCAAAUAAAUUUUUCGGGUUUGCAAUCGCGCAGGCAUUUGUAAGCCGAACGCGCCUGGCAAUAAUCAAAUAGUUUAUUUAAAUGUCGGUGACUUAGCAACUGGAAAUUGCCACAAUGCUAAAAAGCAACCCCUGGACCUAUUUCUCUGCAGACGCCACUUACCUGCAGUUCUUUCUUUGUUUCCACUUUCACGUAAAAAAAAAAAACAAUAAUCAGAGGAAAGUAUCUAAAAAAGCUGCAUUGCCCACAGAGACGGGGUUUGGCACACACGACGACGUAGCGGCAUUCAGGUGAUAACACUCGCAGUUUAUCUUGCAAGCACGUCCACUGAAGGCAGCCUAUUAGCGCUAUAAGCGUCUUCAGUGCCCCCGUCAACACCGGCAAGUCAAUCUUCUAUGUUCUGGUAGUGACCAAUCAUCUCUCUAACGUGGCACAUUCACUGCAGGAUCUCUGCGGAACUGCAGUGAGCAAAGGCGCAAAGCGGGUGAAUUAUUGUUUUACAGCCGCCGUAAUAUACGGGUAUACAACGCCACUCAAGAGAGGGCAGAUCUCAUCCAUUCUGCUUGUGGCAAUUACAGUGCUGUACGGCUUGUUUGCUUGGUCGUCCAUGUUGUCUGUGCGUAUAUUGUGAGUG